GGCUCAAAUCCGUACUCUCCCUUUGCUGCUUUUACGCGCAAACUCACUUCCCUUACUAACGCUACAUGUGUUUUCUCAACGGGAUUUUUAUAUUUUGCAGUCUUUAACAAGUGAUUCUAAGAGUCUAUUUACAUUACACAAUAUGGAGGUUAAUUUUACACUGACAGGGCGCGACUUUCUAGAUUUACGCGCGUUGGCACAGAAACUUCUGACUCAGGGAAACAACUACUCUCUGCGUCUGGUGAACUACUCUCUGUUUGACAACGGAUCGGGGUUCUAUGAGGAGGACUCAUUGGACGUGAACACGAACAUCUACUCGAAAGUCCUGGUCACUGUGAUCUAUAUCGCGCUCUUUGCGGUCGGUUGCUUAGGAAACUCCGUUACGCUUUACACCCUGCUGACCAAGAAGUCACUACAAAAUCUCCAAAGCACUGUCCACUAUCACCUAGCGAGUCUCGCCGUCUCCGACCUGCUAAUACUAGUCCUCAGCAUGCCCGUCGAACUCUAUAACUUCAUCUGGGUCCAUCACCCUUGGGCGUUCGGAGGAGUCGUUUGUAAAGGUUACUAUUUCAUUCGGGAUGCUUGCUCUUAUGCCACAGCAUUCAACAUCGCCAGCCUCAGCGUUGAGCGUUAUAUGGCAAUUUGCCACCCUUUCAAGGCGAAGAGCAUCAUGUCGCGCAGCCGCACCAAGAAGCUGAUCAGCGGGAUGUGGGUGGCUUCGUUCCUCCUGGCCUCUCCGAUGCUCUUCACCAUGGGCCAGAAGUACCAUGGGUCCCAAAGGGAGAAGAUAUGUACCACAAUCGUGUCACCUGUCUUAUUGAAGAUAGUGAUUCAGGUGAAUGUGUUCCUGUCCUUUGUGGUUCCCAUGGUAGCCAUAUCUGCUCUGAACGGAGUCAUCGCCAGUCAGUUGCUGCGUAUGUUCAGAGAGACGAAGCAGGACACCCGCAUUUGCAUCAUUGAAGGCAACCCUACCAUGCUGAGUAUCGCUGUGGAGCCAAACCGCACACAGUCGCUGCGUCAUGGAGUCAUGGUUCUACGGGCUGUGGUUGUUGCCUUUGUGGUGUGCUAUCUACCGUAUUAUGUACGGCGCCUCAUGUACUGUUACGCAGAGUUCACAGAAACAGCCUCAAUUCGUCGGGCAUGGACUCUACAAGGUGUUGCAAACGUUCCACAGGGAUGCUGGCCUAUGUUGACUCCAAUGCUUCCCACAGUUGUAUCAAGUUGGCUGGAUGUCCUUUGGGAAGGGUAUGAUUACUACCACUACUUCUUCAUGGUGACCAACGUCCUCUUCUAUGUGAGCUCAGCCAUCAACCCAGUCCUCUACAACCUGGUCUCAGCCAACUACCGGGAGAUCUUCUUCAACACGCUCCGCUGCCUCUGCCUACCAUGUCGUCGCAAGAAACAGAGACGUCCUCUGACCAGACACUCCAUCAGCAUCUGCAGUAACCACACCUUCUCCUCCAACAUCAUCAAGGAGACCGUCUACUGACGACGACAGAACCACACCCCUGAUAACAUUCCAUUUCAGAACUGCAAUGUAUGUAUUCUAGUACUCGGCAGGACUAAAUAUGGGCUUGAUGGGGACUCUGGCACUUUGAAUCACUAACACGUUGUGCUACAUAGGCUACACACACAGAACAGAUCCAAAAUGUGAUAUUGGUAUGAUCACUAAUAAAAGAAAGAAAGAUUAAGUGUUGGAUGUAAUAGUCUUUAACGCUGUAAAUAUUGUAACAUCUAUGUACAUUCAGAUUUUUAUAGAACUAUCAAUGCUACUCGGAUUUAACCACUUACAGUAGUUUAUAAAAUGAUAUGAUGACGAUCAGAACAUUCUGCACUUAUCAGCAUAUGUAUGGAUCUUUGAAAUAGGAGGCAAAAAACUCUACGCUGUGACAGUUACCAGGAAGUGACUUCCCCACAGUUUUUGAACAUUGCAGGCUUUUUAAUUGGUCUUCAAUGGGAAAAAACUAAAAGCAAUGGUGUUUCAAGGGCAAAAACUUCAUAAAAGGCAUCUGGCAGAAGUAAAUUCAUCCACAUACACAAAUAUAUGUGUAUAUAUAUAUAUAUCUCUAAUGUGUUUUCAUGAAUUUGAUGAAAUAAUCGUGCAUAAGAUUAGGGGACAUGACGUGGCAGUAAAGUGGAAGGGGCGGUGACUUUCACAGGGUGUUAUCCAACUCUUUUUUGGGAUCCAGAGAAUGGUGAUCAAAUUAACCACCAUUUGUUAUCUGCUGAGGAACUAAUGCCUGGAAAGAGUAUUGAUAAAAACAACAUGUCUGGUAAUUAAAACAAUUAAAUGGUCUGCUUGGAAUGUGAAUGUUAAUGAAAUGCUGAGAGAAGAUGUAAUAUUAUGAAGGGGAGCAACAGAUGGCAGUUACAGUUAAUGGAUGAUCUGCUGUGGGGUUGAGCCCUAUAGGCUUUUCUAGUAUGCCAACUCCUGACCAAUUACAGCAAACACAGCUACCGUUGAAGUCAGAAGUUUACAUACACCUUAGCCAAAUACAUUUCAACUCAGUUUUUCACAAUUCCUGACAUUUCAUCCUAGUUAAAAUUACCUUUCUUAGGUCAGUUAGGAUCACCACUUUAUUUUAAGAAUGUUAAAUGUCAGAAAAAUAGUGGUGAUUUAUUUCAUAUUUUAUUUAUUUCAUCACAUUCCCAGUGGGUCAGAAGUUUACAUACACUCAAUUAGUAUUUGGUAGCAUUGCCUUUCAAUUGUUUAACUUGGGUCAAAUGUUUCGGAUAGCCUUCCACAAGCUUCCCUCAAUAAGUUGGGAACUGGAGGAAGCCUGGCACCAUCCCUACAGUGAAACACAGUGGUGGCAGCAUCAUGGUGUGGGGAUGUUUUUCAGCAGCAUGGACUGGGAGACUAGCCAGGAUCAAGGGAAAGAUGAAUAGAGCCAAGUACAGAGAGAUUCUUGAUGAAAACCUGCUCCAGAGCACUCAGGACCUCGGGCGAAGGUUCGCCUUCCAACAGUACAACGACCCUAAGCACACAACCAAGACAAUGCAGGAGUGGCUUCCGGACAAGUCUCUGAAUGUCCUUGAGUGGCCCAGCCAGAGCCCGGACUUGAACCCGAUUGAACAUCUUUGGAGAGACCUGAAAAUAGCUGUGCAGAGACGAUCUCAUUCAACCUGACAGAGCUCAAGAGGAUCUGGUGAAAAGAAUGGGAGAAACUCCCCAAAUACAGGUGUGUCAAGCUUGUCAUACCCAAGAAGACUCGAGGCUGUAAUCGGUGCCAAAGGUGCUUCAACAAAGUACAGAGUAAAGGGUCUGAAUACUUAUGUAAAUGUGAUAUCAGUUGUUUUUUGUAUACAUUUGCAAAAAUUUCUAACAACCCGUUUUUAAUUUGUCAUUAUGGAGUAUUGUGUGUAGAUUGAGGGGGGAAAAAUAAUUUAAUCAAUUUUAGAAUAAGGCUGUAACCUAACAAAAUGUGGAAAAAGUCAAGGGGUCUAAAUACUUUCCAAUGGCACUGUAUUAAGUGCAUUAAUGACAGAGUAACAGUUUGUUGUACAAGGCUAUGCUCAGGAUAUCUAGGCACAAAUCUGUUACCACUUUCCCAGCCAUUGCCAUGGUGAUGGUUUGAAUGUGAUCCUAAUAAGAAAACAAAACUUUUAAAGUUAUGUUUUUCUCCCCAAAGAUAACUUGGAUAUGAGGUGAAUGUAGUCAACAGUAGCACAGCGUAGCCUAAAUGUUUAAGUCUGGAAUCCUAAAUCAAAAUAAUGAGUAAUGAUUUAAUUCUAUGAAUGGUGAUCAUCAAAUUCCUGAACUGAAAGUGGAUGCAGUAUGAACAAGCAUGCCCCUCUUCAACGCUGCUGGCAGGCUUUGAUUAGUAACACAGUAUGCACCAACAAACGCCUUGUAGCCUUCAAUAUAGUUUAACGUUUCAAAGUGUAUUCCCCACGUGCACAGGAUACAACAGGUGUAAAUAGUACAGUGAAAUUCUUAGUGGCUAAGGAGGGUGUGUCACGCCCCUCAAUACGCCACAGUACAUUGAAAUAGACCACAACCCUGAACCAUGGUACUUACCUACUGGGCAAAAACUUGUUAAAUCAACAUUGUUUUCACCUAAUUUCAACCAAAAAGAUCUAUGUGAUGAUGUUAAAUCAACACGGAAAACUCAUUGCAUUUGCAAAAAGUCAUCAACGUAAGGGCAUUUCAAAUAUUUUUCACGUAGCUUUUAACCUAAAUCUAAUGACAUGGUGACAUGUUUUGUCCAUUUCACAUUGAAUUCACAAUAGUUGACGUUUCAACCAAAUGUAUAUCAAAACUAGAUGUUGAAAUGACAUCUGUGUCCAGUGUGUAGCUUCUGACAGGUGCUGUUGUACGUAGUCAUACCGUUUAUCUAAGGAUUUGCUCAGUACUCAGUGUACACCUGCUGCUUACUGUAACUACUGUUCUCUAUGCCAAUGGUGAUGUCUUUGAGUUUUGAUUAUGCUAUUUUUGUUAUGGACAAUGGAGGCUUAUUUCUGCUUUAUCUAAGAGUUAUAUACUGUAUAGAUGGCUCUGCUUUAUAUAAUAUAUGUUUUGAAAAUAAAUCGUUCCAUCUCAUUUUGCUAUCCAUGAAUAAAAGAGUGAAUAUAGUGA